AUGCUCUCUGCCACGAUGGUGAGCAGCUACCGCGAUGGGGGCUCCGGGAUCGGUAUCGUCAAUAGGACCGACGAACAGUUUCUCAACAAUUUAACCACGCAGGCCCCAACGUGUCUCCUCACGGCUACUGUCCGGGACCUGCUCUUUGCGGGCGGCGGUGCGCGCAACACCGCGAAUGUAACGGAGCAUGGACCUUUUCGCCGCCGUCCGCGCCAAACCUGGGCUGGUCGUCAACACGGAUACAACGGUGGCCAAGCCUUAGCCGUCAUUUGA